CCUUACCUAAUACUAAAACAGAGUCAUUUUCUUAUUAGUUUGUGCUUAGAAAGCUUUCCCCUAUUUAAACUACCCUUCUUCCACUUCUACUCUCAACAAAAUUGUUCUCAUUUCCCUCUUCCAUCCUAAAAGAAGAGGAAAAAGAAACCCCAUCUUUUUUCAUGGCACCUGCCCAAUUGGAACAAUUUGCUUACAAGAAUGGCUCGAUGGAGAGCCUCUGCACGAGUCAUGUCGAUCCUCUCAAUUGGGGUGUGGCGGCUGAAGCUCUUAAAGGAAGUCAUCUUGAUGAGGUGAAGAGGAUGGUGGAAGAGUAUAGAAGGCCUGUGGUGAAGCUUGGGGGUGAGACUCUCACUAUUUCUCAAGUGGCUGCCAUUGCCACUCGUGAUAAUGAUGUAGUUGUGGAGUUGGCUGAGUCUGCUCGAGCAGGUGUUAAAGCUAGUAGUGAUUGGGUGAUGGAGAGUAUGAAUAAAGGGACUGAUAGUUACGGUGUCACUACUGGAUUUGGUGCUACGUCUCAUAGGAGGACUAAACAAGGUGGGGCUCUUCAAAAGGAGUUGAUUCGAUUUUUGAAUGCUGGAAUUUUUGCAAAUGGGGUUGAGUCGAAUCAUACUUUGCCUCAUUCGGCCACAAGGGCAGCUAUGUUGGUGAGGAUCAAUACUCUUCUUCAAGGCUAUUCGGGUAUUCGAUUUGAGAUUUUGGAAGCUAUCACUAAUCUUCUUAAUCAGAACAUUACUCCAUGUUUGCCACUACGAGGAACAAUUACGGCAUCCGGAGAUCUUGUCCCUUUGUCGUAUAUCGCUGGGCUACUUACUGGUCGCCAUAAUUCUAAGGCCAUUGGGCCCAAUGGGGAAACACUUGAUGCUGAGACUGCCUUUAAACAAGCUGGCAUUCCUUCUGGCUUCUUUGAGUUGCAACCCAAAGAAGGCCUUGCUCUUGUCAAUGGCACUGCUAUUGGUUCUGGGUUGGCUUCUAUUGUCCUAUUUGAGGCAAAUAUUUUGGUUGUUUUGUCAGAAAUUUUAUCUGCUAUUUUUGCUGAAGUCAUGCAAGGAAAGCCAGAAUUUACUAAUCAUUUGACUCAUAAGUUGAAGCACCACCCAGGUCAAAUUGAAGCAGCUGCAAUCAUGGAGCACAUUUUGGAUGGAAGUUCUUACAUGAAAACUGCAAAGAAACUACAUGAAAUCGACCCCCUCCAAAAACCUAAACAAGAUCGUUAUGCUCUUAGAACUUCACCACAAUGGCUUGGUCCAUUGAUCGAAGUGAUUCGAUUCUCCACCAAGUCUAUCGAGCGGGAGAUUAAUUCAGUUAAUGACAACCCUUUGAUUGAUGUUUCAAGAAACAAGGCAUUGCAUGGAGGCAACUUCCAAGGAACGCCAAUUGGAGUUUCCAUGGACAACACUCGAUUGGCAAUUGCUUCAAUUGGGAAGCUCAUGUUUGCCCAAUUCUCUGAACUUGUCAAUGAUUUUUACAACAAUGGCUUGCCUUCUAACCUUACUGCAAGUAGAAAUCCGAGCUUGGAUUAUGGGUUUAAAGGAGCUGAAAUUGCCAUGGCUUCAUACUGCUCUGAGCUUCAAUAUCUUGCAAAUCCAGUUACAAGUCAUGUCCAAAGUGCUGAGCAACAUAACCAAGAUGUUAAUUCUCUUGGUUUAAUUUCUUCAAGAAAAACAGCUGAAGCCAUUGAUAUCUUGAAACUCAUGUCGUCCACAUUUUUGGUUGCACUCUGUCAAGCAAUUGACUUGAGGCACUUGGAGGAAAACUUGAAGAGCACGGUUAAAAGCACAGUGAGCCAAGUAGUCAAGAAGGUGUUGACCACAUCCUCCAAUGGUGCACUACACCCAUCAAGAUUUUGCGAGAAAGAUCUACUCAAAGUCGUUGAUAGAGAAUACACAUUUACAUACAUUGAUGAUCCAUGCAGUGCUACUUAUCCAUUGAUGCAAAAAUUGAGACAAGUUCUAGUUGAACAUGCACUCACCAAUGGUGAAAAUGAGAAGAACAUGAACACUUCCAUCUUUCAGAAGAUUAGUGCUUUUGAAGAGGAAUUAAAAAUAAGUUUACCGAAGGAAGUUGAAAAUGCAAGGUUGGCACACGAGAGCGAAAAUUCUAAAAUUGCAAAUCAAAUUAAGGAUUGCAGAUCUUAUCCAUUAUAUAGAUUUGUGAGAGAAGACUUGGGAACCAAACUUUUGACAGGAGAAAGAAUAAUAUCUCCUGGAGAAGAAUGUGAGAAGGUAUUUACAGCUUUGUGCCAAGGAAAGAUGAUUGACCCUAUCUUAGAGUGCUUAAAAGAAUGGAACGGUGCCCCUAUUCCUAUCUGUUGAAAUACAUAAGAUAAAAUUUGUACUUUUGAUAUUAUUUCUCUUUUAUUUUUUUCUGUCACAUUUUAAAAUUUGUACUUUUGCUAUUAUUUUUCUUUUAUUUUUUCUGUCACGUUUUAAGAGUUUGAUUUAAUUAAUGAAAAAGUCAGCAAACAAGAUAUUGUUGCUGUAAUUGCUUUGUUCUAAAA